AUGAGCAGCUCAGACUAUGGCUCCAGAAAUCAUGCCGUCGUUGGAACCAAUACACAUGUCAUAUACCAUAAGUAUCCGCAGCGUCGCCCAAUUGCAUUUUCUCGUGCUGAUAAGACACUUCUUGCCAACAUGAAACAAGCUGUACAUGAUAACAUAAACCCCUUUAUUGGGAUUGCAUUCAAUGAGAAAGAGAACUCCUUAGGAUCUCUUCAAGACAUUAUAUACAACGACAACAUAGCGCUGGAUCAAAAGUUCCAUGGCGCAUUUAUUCGCGACAUACUCGCGGGUUUGGAAUAUAUUCAUGCGUCCGCUAUCGGAUGUCACGGUGCCCUUUCAACAUGGUCCUGUCUUAUAGACAGAAACUGGAUGAUCAAGCUCACUGAUUAUGGGAUCACUGAUGCCAUAGAACGAUGGGAGAAGCAACAAGCGGUUUCUGUGACCGGACUCGAAAACAGCGACGACAAAACUCAAGCAAAACAAGCGACAAGUGUGCUGUACGAGGCACCCGAGCUGCUGAAAAAUCGUGAAAAAAAUCGUCUACGGAGAGUUGACCAAGAUUGGACGAAGCAGACUCAGGUUGUUUACGUCUGCUGCAAAUAA